CUGACCGAGCUGUCCCGCACGUGCGAGUGUCUGAGGUGGGGGUGAUUCCACGCUGUGCGCCUCUCGCGCUCUGCCUCUCCACGCCCCCAUCCUCAACCCGGUACUCCCAUAGGUUCCGUGCAAAGUUCUUUUUGUCGUUAUCACCAGCCGCGUGCGUCAGGAUGCCCAGCAAAAGGAAGAAGAACGGCCGCCGCAGGAGGAGGGUGCUCGCCCUGAAGAGAGCCAUUGAAGAGAACCAGAUUACCAACCCACAGGCUAAAGGCAGCCCAGCUGUUGCAGUAUGUGCGCCCCUUUCGGUCACCACAAACAAAGUGGUUAAAGCUCCAACUCCAACUCCAGCUCCAGCUCCAGAGAAGAUCCCAGAGCCUGUUCCUGUUGUUAUCCCUGUUGUUGAGACCCUCAAAGUAGAACCAGAACCAGUCCCAGUCCCAGAACCAGUCCAAGAAAUAGUCCAGGAACCACUCCCAGAACCAGUCCCAGAACCAGUAUCAGAACCAGCACCAGAACCAGCACCAGAACCAGUCCCAGAACCAGUUUCAGUUGAGGUGAAGGCACCUGAGGCCGAACCUGUGUUGCUUGAAGAGACUUGUGCAAAGGUUGAGGUCCCAGCACCUGUUGUUGAUGAAGAGGGUGCUGAGACCCUGCUGGUUGUGGAGCCCCCUACAGCUGAAGUUGCUGCACCACAGGAGGCCGAACCUGUCAUUCCUGAAAUCGAACCAGUCACUGAGGUUGUACCCUCAGCUGAGCCUCCAGCGGAGCUUCCUGUGGAGAGCGAGGUUACAACAGUUGUCACCACAGUAACAGAGACAGAAACUGAGCAGACGCAUGAAGUCUGCGAAGUGGAAGCCCUGGCAGAGGAAGAACCCUCAGCCGAAGUCCAAGCAGAGGAAGAUACUGUCGUACCAGAGCCUGUAACAGAAGCCCCUGAACAGCCAGAGGAAGAAGAAGCACCUAUAAGCCAGGACAUUUCUGCCGAAACAGAGCUUGCGCCAGGGGAAGUGACCGCGCAAAUCGUGGUGGAGGACAUCCCAGAGGUCAGCGUAUGCGAGCAGGUGGUGGAGAUCGCUGUGUGUGAAGCCCCCCGACCAGAGGAGGAGGACAAAGUUGAAUUUGAAGUGUUGGUCGAAGACGUGCCCGAAGCCUCCGCUGAAGACGUUGCAGUCACAGAGGAUGUUCCGGUCCAAUCAGAGGAAAUCCCAAAGCUGCCAGAGGUCAUUCCUGAGGUCCCUGCAGAAUCCGCUCUUACUGACGCCAAAGAGCUCACGGAAGAAGCCUUGGUUGAGGACUUUGUUGUGACGGAGUCGGCCUCAGCAGUGGAGAGCGCCAUCGCAGAGUCUGCCGCCGUCGAGGAGGAGACCGUGGCCAUCACUGACACCCUCAGCGUGCAAACAGAAACUAUGCAUUUGACUCCUGCUGAGCCUGAGCCUGAUGCACCUGCAGUGGAAGCGGUCAUUGAUGUUGCUGUUGCUGAGCCGACAUGCCAGGAAAUUCUGCCAGAGGAGCCAAUGCCACAGAUCUGCGACAUGGCGUGUCAGAUGCAGCUCGCAGUGGAGACGGUGCAACUCAACGCAGUGGAGAUGUCCCUGGACACGUUGAACACACACAUGGUCCAGGAGGUUCCCACCGAGGGCUAAAACCUCAACACACAGUUCAGAAGACCUUUUUUUUGUUGUUAUUCCCCUUUGGUCAAUUGCAGGACUUGAAGCGUCAUAGGGAGUCAACCGACCAACCUUUUUUAAUUUUUUAAGGCUUAGGACGGGACCGCCAGGAAAUAGCAGGGAUAUCCACACUUUGAAGUGCCUUUCCUGUCCUGGUUUCUGUUAAAACACCAAACCAAACGUCAUGGUGCUGCGUUAAAGGCAGCACGGCAGCCCUACCGUGUCUCCUCUCAAUCUUUACCCCACCACCUAAAUAAAAAAAACACCCUGUAGAGUGAGUCUGGAAGCUCAGCGUCUGCCUCACUGUGUAACACUUCUCUCAUGUGAAUACUGUAGCAUUGAUGAAUGUGCCUACGGUGCAUAAAACCGGUGUAUGUUCUUGAGAGAGAAACAACUUCUUCUGUUGUUUUGUAUUUCAAAAUCAUUGCGACACGUAUGCAAACUUCCCCCUCUUUGGCCUCCUUUUCUGCCCCCCCGUCCUUCUAGUCCGCUUCGCCACAACUUUCGUGCCAGCAAUUACAUUAGCGAGACGCUGAAGCUACAUCUCAGAGCUGGAGCUUUCAGCCGUACGGCCGAUGAAGCCAGGGGAGCGACUCGGUUCGGGGGGAAGAGCCUGGAGGUCAAUUUCUGUCUUUCUUUUCACUUUUUUUUUCUUCCUUUUGUAAUUCGUUUUGUAUAGACCAUAUGAUGUGCUACAGUUUUGUCUUCAAAGUCUUUGUUCUGGAGUGGAAAUACAAAGUGAUCUGAGCUGUUGACUGGCCGACUUGACCUUUGAAAUAAAGCUGUAACUCGUCAUUAC